AUGGCAAUUGGUCGGCUGAAAGAGCAGUAUCACAGUUCCCCUGAACAUUCACGGAUAACCAACGGACCCAGCAACAAUAUGAAAGUGUUCGCCUUGACCCUUUUGAGCCUGCUGGCUUUGAGCCAGGCCCGCAUGGACUACAAGCUGCAGUGCACUCGCAACGAGAUCGGCAUCCGCUGGCCCAGCUACCACAGCAACUCGGAGUACUAUGUCUGCCAGGGCGUGUAUCGUGACCAAUUGACCGUCCAUUGUCCUCCCGGCGAGCUCUUCACCUUCGUCCUGCAGCAGUGCGCCACGCCCGCUCACUACAUCCCAGCCCCACCCAUGGACGUCCUGCCCACCGAGGCUCCCAUCACCAUGCACACGAUCGAUGAGGAACCGCCAAUGAUCAAUGGCCACUCGCAGCAUGAGUCCGAGAUCCAUGAGACCCACGAGCACCACGAGCAUCACGGAAACCACCACGAACACCAGCCCGAGGAGGAGGAGGAGGCUCUCCCCGUUCCAGCCACCCCUGCUCCGGAGCCAGCCAUCGUUGAUGUGGCCAAGCCCGUGCCUCAUGCUGGCAAGCGUCCCAUCCCUGUGCCCCACAAGAAGCCCACGGUUCCGGUGCCCGCCAAGUCCACCGCUGCUGCUCCCAAGAAGCCCGUGGCUGCUGCCAAGAAGCCCGCUCCUCCCACUCCAGCCAAGGCCGCCAAGAAGCCCACGCCUCCUAGCAAGGCCCAGAAGAAGCCAGCCUCCGCCUAA